GUGAGCAUCAGUAAACUCAUUCGUGGCCAACAGCCUGGCCCCUGAGCACAGUGCGAGGCAGCUCGGGGGAGAGGGGGGGAAGGAUCGAGCGGAGAGAGAGAGCGAAACUGCGGCGAUCAACGACACCAGCAGGGAGCGGAGCCAGGGAAUGUUGCCGGAGAUGCCAAAGGGGAUGAGGAGAGGGCAUGCUGACUGAUCGGCUGCAGGAGUGACGCCCGGAGCCUGGGCUCUCCGUUGUCAGUCCGACGGCCAAUCAAGACACCCAAAAGCGAGGAAGAUGGAAGAUACCCAGGUCCCUCAGGAUGUCCUGCCCCAGCCCUGGUUCCAUGGAUUUACCUCCAGACGAGAUGCCGAGAUGCUGUUGAAGGACCAGCCACUGGGAUCAUUCCUGCUGCGUCAAAGUGAAACUCUGUCUGGGAUGGUGCUUUCCUACAGUGGGUCCGAUCGCUGUCGGCAUUUCAUCAUCGAGCGGAUCCCUGACGGUCAUUACCAGAUCCUGGGAGAUCAGCGCCGGCACAGCAGCAUCCCAGAGCUCCUUGACUAUUACAAGGAAUCCCCGAUGUUACCGUUUGUGGAAUACCUGACUACGGCCUGCAAUAAGGUUCCUGAUAAACAUUACGAGGACAUCGACAGGAUCCGAAGGCAGAAGCUGAAUGUCCGGGAGGUGGCAGGAGGAGCUGCUGAUGCUCUCCCUCCCGACAGGAUGGAAGAUCGACCGGGAUUGCCCUCGUUACCGCCAACACCAACCUCUGACCCCGUGCCCACACAGGCUGCCCAUCCCGGGGCAGCGGAAGGGGGUGUGAGGGUCACACGGGACGAUGCCACCUACCAGGAGGUUCCUGAUAAACAUUACGAGGACAUCGACAGGAUCCGAAGGCGGAAGCUGAAUGUCCGGGAGUUGGCGGGAGGAGCUGCUGACGCUCUCUCUCCCGACAGGAUGGAAGAUCGACUGGGAUCGCCCUCACUAUCGCCCACACCGACCUCUGACCCCUUGCCCACACAGGCUGCCUGCCCUGGGGCAGUGGAAGGGGGUGUGAGGGUUACAUGGGGCGAUGCCACCUUCCAGGAGGUUCCUGAUAAACAUUACGAGGACAUUGACAGGAUCCGAAGGCGGAAGCUGAAUGUCCGGGAGGUGGCAGGAGGAGCUGCUGACGCUCUCCCUCCCGACAGGAUGGAAGAUCGACUGGGAUCGCCCUCAUUACCGCCCACACCGACAUCUGACCCCGUGCCCACACAGGCUGCCCGUCCCGGGGCAAUGGAAGAGGAUGUGAGGGUUACACGGGGCGAUUCACCCUACCAGGAGGUUCCUGAUAAACAUUACGAGGACAUCGACAGGAUCCGAAGGCGGAAGCUGAAUGUCCGGGAGGUGGCAGGAGGAGCUGCUGACGCUCUCCCUCCCGACAGGAUGGCAGAUCGACCGGGAUCGGCCUCGUUACCGCCAACACCAACCUCUGACCCCAUGCCCACACAGGCUGCCCGUCCCGGGGCAGUGGAAGGGGGUGUGAGGGUUACACAGGGCGAUGCCACCUACCAGGAGGUUCCUGAUAAACAUUACGAGGACAUCGACAGGAUCCGAAGGCGGAAGCGGAAUGUCCGUGAGGUGGCGGGAGGAGCGGCUGACGCUCUCCCUUCCGACAGGAUGGAAGAUCAACCGGGAUCGGCCUCGUUACCGCCAACACCGACCUCUGACCCCAUGCCCACACAGGCUGCCUGUCCCGGGGCAAUGGAAGGGGGUGUGAGGGUCACACAGGGCGAUGCCCCCUACCAGGAGGUUCCUGAUAAACAUUACGAGCACAUCGACAGGAUCCGUAGGCGGAAGCUGAAUGUCCGGGAGGUGGCAGGAGGAGCUGCUGACGCUCUCCCUCCCGACAGGAUGGAAGAUCGACCGGGAUCGGCCUCGUUACCGCCAACACCGACCUCUGACCCCGUGCCCACACAGGCUGCCCGCCCCGGGGCAAUGGAAGGGGGUGUGAGGGUUACACGGGCUGAUGCCACCUACCAGGAGGUUCCUGAUAAACAUUACGAGGACAUCGACAGGAUCCGAAGGCGGAAGCUGAAUGUCCGGGAGGUGGCGGGAGGAGCUGCUGACGCUCUCCCUCCCGACAGGAUGGAAGAUCGACUGGGAUCGCCCUCAUUACCGCCCACACCGACCUCUGACCCCGUGCCCACACAGGCUGCCCGUCCCGGGGCAAUGGAAGGGGGUGUGAGGGUUACACGGGGGAUUGCCACCUACCAGGAGGUUCCUGAUAAACAUUACGAGGACAUCGACAGGAUCCGAAGGCGGAAGCUGAAUGUCCGGGAGGUGGCGGGAGGAGCUGCUGAUGCUCUCCCUCCCGACAGGAUGGAAGAUCGACCGGGAUCGGCCUCGUUACCGCCAACACCGACCUCUGACCCCGUGCCCACACAGGCUGCCCGUCCCGGGGCAAUGGCAGGGGGUGUGAGGGUUACACAGGACGAUGCCACCUACCAGGAGGUUCCUGAUAAACAUUACGAGGACAUCGACAGGAUCCGAAGGCGGAAGCUGAAUGUCCGGGAGGUGGCAGGAGGAGCUGCUGACGCUCUCCCUCUCGACAGGAUGGAAGAUCGACCGGGAUCGGCCUCGUUACCGCCAACACCGACCUCUGACCCCGUGCCCACACAGGCUGCCCGUCCCGGGGCAGUGGAAGUGGGUGUGAGGGUUACACGGGGGAUUGCCACCUACCAGGAGGUUCCUGAUAAACAUUACGAGGACAUCGACAGGAUCCGAAGGCGGAAGCUGAAUGUCCGGGAGGUGGCGGGAGGAGCUGCUGACGCUCUCCCUCCCGACAGGAUGGAAGAUCGACCGGGAUCGGCCUCGUUACCGCCAACACCGACUUCUGACCCCGUGCCCACACAGGCUGCCCGUCCCGGGGCAAUGGCAGGGGGUGUGAGGGUUACACAGGACGAUGCCACCUACCAGGAGGUUCCUGAUAAACAUUACGAGGACAUCGACAGGAUCCGAAGGCGGAAGCUGAAUGUCCGGGAGGUGGCAGGAGGAGCUGCUGACGCACUCCCUCCCGACAGGAUGGAAGAUCGACCGGGAUUGGCCUCGUUACCGCCAACACCGACCUCUGACCCCGUGCCCACACAGGCUGCCCGUCCCGGGGCAGUGGAAGUGGGUGUGAGGGUUACACGGGACAAUGCCCCCUACCAGGAGGUUCCUGAUAAACAUUACGAGGACAUCGACAGGAUCCGUAGGCGGAAGCUGAAUGUCCGGGAGGUGGCAGGAGGAGCUGCAGACGCUCUCCCUCCCGACAGGAUGGAAGAUCGACCGGGAUCGGCCUCGUUACCGCCAACACCGACCUCUGACCCCGUGCCCACACAGGCUGCCCGUCCCGGGGCAAUGGAAGGGGGUGUGAGGGUUACACAGGGCGAUGCCACCUACCAGGAUGUUCCUGAUAAACAUUACGAGGACAUCGACAGGAUCCAAAGGCGGAAGCUGAAUGUCCGGGAGGUGGCAGGAGGAGCUGCUGACGCUCUCCCUCCCGACAGGAUGGACGAUCGACCGGGAUCGCCCUCAUUACCGCCCACACCGACCUCUGACCCCGUGCCCACACAGCCUGCCCGUCCCGGGGCAGUGGAAGUGGGUGUGAGGGUUACACGGGACGAUGCCCCCUACCAGGAGGUUCCUGAUAAACAUUACGAGGACAUCGACAGGAUCCGAAGGUGGAAGCUGAAUGUCCGGGAGGUGGCAGGAGGAGCUGCUGACGCUCUCCCUCCCGACAGGAUGGAAGAUCGACCGGGAUCGCCCUCAUUACCGCCCACACCGACCUCUGACCCCGUGCCCACACAGGCUGCCCGUCCCGGGGCAAUGCAAGGGGGUGUGAGGGUUACACAGGGCGAUGCCACCUACCAGGAGCUCCCAGAAGGCCACGGCCUGGGGAGAAAGACUUCGACCAAGAGCCGGACCCCCACGGAGACGGAAGCCAGCCCCACCCUUAGCCAGGCAACUGCGGCCUACGCGAAGGUUAACAAAGCCAGGAGUCACGUCUACACAGAGCCUGCAGAUAGGCCUGGCGUUUCCAUGGAGAUCACGCACACCUACUCAGAUGCCCAUCUCUACGCUGAGCCCAGUAACGGGAUAAUUUGUUACGCCCUGCCGAAGGACCGCCAGCUGAGGGCCACAGGCCGUGAGCUUCACCAUGUCUACUCUGAGUUGGAUUCCAAGCAGACCAGGCCGGGGAACCUCUACUGUCCCACCCCCACCAAGGGCAGCACGAUGGCCCCUGACCUCUCGCGCCGCCAACCCGCUGAGGCUCCCCGUAGUGGAAUGGUGCCCACCACCCCUCCCCGCUGGCUCCCCCGACCCCCACUCACGCCAGGCGCUGAGGCCGCCUACACCCAGCCUGUCCGGCACAGCCUCGGCCUCCCCACUGAUCCUGACCGCUGGGGCCUCGCCCGUGACAAACUCGAACUGGACGAUGACACUUACGGAGUUUUAGCCAGACUGGGCCCGAGCAGGCCGGAGCCUGAUUCCAGGCCUGUCCCUGAUCCCAGGCCUGUGCUGAGCAGGCCGGAGCCUGAUCCCAGGCCUGUCCCAGAUCCCAGGCCUAUCCCGAACAGGCCUGAGCCAGAACCCAGGCCUGUCCUGAACAGGCCAGAACGAGAUCCCAGGCCAAUGUUGUGCAGGACGGAACAAGAUCUGAGGCCUUUGCCAAGCUGGCCAGAGGCAGAUCUGAAGCCAACCUUGAACAGGCCAGAACGAGACCCCAGGCCUGUUCCAAACAGGCCAGAUCGAAGUCUGAAGCCUGCACUGACCAUGUCGGAACUAGAUCUGGGGACUGUCCAGAACAGGCUAGAACCAGAGCUAAAGCCUAUGCCAAGCAUGCCUGCACCACCUCCCAGACCUAUCCCCAGCAAGCUGGAGCUAACCCCGAGGCCUGACCCCAGCAGGCCACAGCCAAUACCAAGACCUCUUCCUAAUAAGUCAGAACCAGGUCCAAAGCCUCUCCUGAGCAGGCCAGAACCAGGUCCAAAGCCUCUCCCCACCAGGCCAGAACCAGGUCCAAAGCCUCUCCUGAGCAGGCCAGAACCAGGUCCAAAGCCUCUCCUGAGCAGGCCAGAACUAGAUCCAUGGCCUCUCCCUUGCAGAGCAGAACUAGAUCCAAGGCCUCUCCCAAGCAGGCCCAAACCAGAUCCAAGGCUUCUCCCCAGCAGACCAGAACUAGAUCCGAGACCUCUCCCCAGCAGAGCAGAACUAGAUCCAAGGUCUCUCCCAAGCAGGCCUGAACCAGAUCUGAGGCCUCUCCCAAGCAGGCCUGAACCAGAUCUGAGGCCUCUCCCGUGCAGGCCCAAACCAGAUCUGAGGCCUUUCCCUGGCAGGCCGGAACUAGAUCCGAGGCCUUUCCCUUGGAGGCUGGAACCAGACCCGAGGCCUCUCCCAAGCAGGCCCGAACCAGAUCCGAGGCCUCUCCCCAGCAGGCCGGAACCAGAUCUGAGGCCACUCCUGAGCAGGCCCGAACCAGAUCCGAGGCCUCUCCCCAGCAGGCCUGAACCAGAUCCGAGGCCUCUCCCCAGCAGGCCGGAACCAGAUCUGAGGCCUCUCCCGAGCAGGCCUGAACCAGAUCCAAGGCCUCUCCCCAGCAGGCCCGAACCAGACCCAAGGCCUCUCCCCAGCAGGCCGGAACUAGAUCCGAGGCCUCUCCCUGACAAGCCGGAACCAGGUCUGAAUUCUGUCCCUGGCAGGCCCGAACCAGCAUCGCAGUCUGUUCACAUUGCACCCGCAGCGGCCUUUCGCCAGGUGGACAGCAUCUAUGAACAGCUCCCUGAGGAAUUUCUGAGACCACCACCCUACGUACCAAACAGAUCCGGAUACAGGAGGGGCCUCAGGACCAAUGCAUUACACUGUGUAGCGUUAGAGUCAAAACAGCGCAGGUUCCUGGUGGGCCAGGAGCUCCAGAACCUUUAA